AUGGCAACGAUGUCCAUCCAACUGCGCCGCGUGGUGUACCUGUUGGUACUCCUGCAAUGUUGUGCGUGCGUGGUGAGCGCCGAUGGCAUGGGGGACACCAGCAAAAAUACCGUUGCGCCAGAAACUACUAUCAAGCAAGAAGCAGGGAUUGCGGAGCGGCGGUUGCAGGAGUUGGUGAACCAGGCAUACGGUCUGUAUCUGGCGGGUAAAAGUUGUGUGGCGGUGUUGAAGAACGAGACGGCGGUAUGUGAAAAGCAUAAAGAUAACGCCAAAAAAGCCGCGGAGAAAACAAAAAAUGCUGUCGACGCUCUCGAAAACAAACUGGAAGUAAAGGAUAAGGUGAUUGAACAACCUAUACCAGUGGAAAAAAUCAAAGAACUGAGGGGUGUGGCGGAGGAGGCCAAGAAGCACAUUACGGAAAGUAAAGAGGCGCUGGAAAAAGAAACCGCUAUGCUUCAAAAGAAAAAAUACGCGCUAACGGCUUGUUGGGCAUCAUUUGGCGAUUUAAGUGAUGUGGUGCCGAAACUCAAUGCUAGCCGAGAUGGUCUUGAGAGUUUUAUGGACGAACAUAGCACGCCUGAGAGAUUAAAUCUCAUAAAGAACGCCACCGCGACGGGUGGAGAAUUGUUUUGGCUCACGCAGGAAGUGGGGUUGGCUCUUGGAAGGGGGCAGGGGAUCAAGAGGGAGGCCGAAACAGAGAUGAGGGAUGCGGACCGGAUGUUGCAGGACACGCUAAAGAAACUCGAGAAGAUCGUGGCCCAGGUCAAAAAGGUGGGUGCAGAAGGGGUGGAGCGCACGAGAGUCGAUGGGUUUCACGAGUUUCAGACGGACGUCAACGAGACGGCGAAGUUAUUGAAUGAGACAGCCGCGAUAAGCAGUUCGAUCGUCGAACCGGCGCCAGGAGUGCUGAUGAGUGGUGCGCGAAGCUAUGAAGAUGCAGUUGCGAGGGAUGAUGAAUUGUAUCCUGAGAGGAAGAAGAAGAGGGAUUUUGAAGAGAAAAGGAAGGGGGUGGCCAUGGCGGAAAUAAAAAAGGAACUGAAAGAAGCGGAGAUGGAGGCAGCUAGGCUUUUGGCGGAGAAAUUAAUCCGGGAAGAAAAUGAGAGGAGGAUCGCUGAAGAAAGGAAGAGACAGGAGAAACUGGCCGAAGAAGAAAGAAAGAGACGGGAGAAACUGGCCGAAGAAGAAAGAAAGAGACGGGAGAAACUGGCCGAAGAAGAAAGAAAGAAACAGGAGAAGUUGGCCGAAGAGGAAAGAAAGAAACAGGAAAAGCUGGCUGAGGAGGAAAAGGCGAAACGGGCAGCUGAAAAGGCGAGACUGGAGGCGGAGAGGUUGGUCAAAGAAAAAGCCAAGAAAAACAAGAGAGAUGGCAGCAGUCCUGCAUUGAUGCACGGUCCCAUACUGCUGCUUUUGUUGUGUGUGUUGGGUUGCACUCUCGUUUGCUAA